AUGCUUGGUAAAAGUGAUAAGCAUAUGCUAGGGGCAUUUUUAAAAAUAGGCAGAAAUGGCAUGUUUAAUAAUUGUAUAAAUAUAGAAGAAAAAUACGGGAGUAAAAUGUUAUUAAGGACGUAUGUAACAGAGAAUCACUAUUUAAGGAGGGAUCUUAUUAACCUUGAUAAUUCCUCUCUAUUGACAUAUAAAAGGAAUAAUAGUAUAAUGUUAUUUAAAAUAAAUUUAAUAAAAAGUUUUUCAGGAAUAUCAACAGUUGAGUCGAACAGAGCAACGAAAGAAAGUGCAUCUAGCAUAUCUGAGGAAUGUUCGAAAAGCAAUUUAUCAAUUUUUAAAAACCCGAAUGUUUUAAUUUUUUUUGAUAAGAAUGAACCUGAAACAACUGGACAAAAAAUCUAUAGAUAUUUGGAUAUUUCUGGUUUUCUGACAAGAUAUAAUAAUAGAAAGGAAUGGAUUUUGGAUUUAGAUCCAUAUACGAGAUUAUCUACUGUUAUGUUAACAGAAUAUGAAAGGAAAUUAAUGAUAUUUUUAAAGUUUCAUGUAUAUUUAUUAUUUGUAGCGUGUAUAUAUUUAUGGUAUCAUGCACAAGUUCAUUUUACGAUGAAACCCCCUUGUCCAAAGCCAUAUGAUUAUGGACAUUUGAAUGGAAAGAAAAGAGAUUUUACUUGGCAUGGGAAAUUAUUUUUUAUUUACCCGAAGACAAGAUGUAAAGAAUGCCGUUGGUUAGAUAUUCAAUGUAAAAAAGAAUGCUUUGAAAAGUUGAAACAAGAAGGACAUAAAUUUUUUAUUAACAAUGGAGAUCCUUUAUCUGUUCCAAAAUCUGUUUUGUACCCAUCUCAUUUUCAUUGA